AUGAUGGCCAUCAUCGGCAUGUUUUUCCAGGACGGCCUCACAGGCAGCGCCUGGGGAGAUUGGGCCAACUACACAGCCUCUCCGUUGAGGGCCUUCGAGAACGAGCUUGGAGUUCAGGAUCCGGUGAGCGUACCCAUACCCAUGCGCAAAGUGGUUAUCAAGAUGCCUGGUUGGAACGAGGAGGCCAUCAAUGGCAGCACAAUAGCGAAGCUCCUUGAGAGGCACAUCGACCCAGUGGCUUAUGAAGCAUUGACGGUGCGAAUGGACAACAGCGCCACUGUCAUGAUGCAUGAGUCCGCGGUUGAGGCGAUUCUAAAGGCAUCUGGAAAGGACGGCGUCUACCACAAGUUGCAUGCCUCCAGCAGAUACAUGGGAGAGCUCCACCUGCUUUGGCUACCCUCGCAAACUACAUUGGACGAAGCUGUGAACCUUGCGGAUUCCGAACGGGAGCUGGCCCUCCAACACUGUGCCAAGCGCAACAACUUGGAGGACACGACGGCCUACAGCAUUUGGCGGCUGAGCGGCUUGCCACUUCACACUGGGGCGGGAGCACUGGCUCUGCUCCAAACACGUGGCUGGGAGGUGGUGGAGAUCCUCUUCUUCAACGCUGAGCCUAGCAAGCGGGGGUUGCAAUCCCAGUACUACCAGCUCCCAGGUGGCCACAAGAAGCAGUUGCAGCUCAAGGCCUUGAACGCGCUAGCCAAGAAGCAGGUUGCGGACCACAACCGUCAGCAAGGUGGCAAAACGGACAGCCAGGAGAAGAGGGAGCGAGAAGCUGCAGCUGGCAAUUUGCCGGCGAACCGCAAGCUAAUGAACCACACGGUGCUCACUAUAGGUGGCAUCAAUGUUGGAGGUUUUUCCGACUCGCCCAAAUGGGAAGCUAUCAAGGAGAUGCCUCAUGACGUCCUUGUGCUUACCGAGACGCACAUACAAACUCACCUUGUCAAAUCCUACCCCUACACUUUUCCCAAUUACUUCACCUUCUGGAGCCCUGGCGAGGAGCAAAAGUACUACAAUGGAAUUGGCAUGCUUGUCGAAGGAGUAGAUGCUGGGCGGCCACACAAAUUACGUGGAAACGAGAAGAUGCGUGCCAACGUUUUUGGCAGGACAGCAGGUUGCUUGCAGCGCAGCUAUGGCUUGGACAGGGCCAUUGCUGAGGACAUUGCUGCGCGCGGUGACUUGCCUAGCUUUGUCGUCAUAGGCGACUUCAAUAUGGUCAUUGAUGAGAGUCACCCUUCAAGUGGUUUCUGGCAUGUUUUGGCGCAGAAUGAGCUUGACAAGGCGUACCAACUCUGGUGUGAGGAGACAGAGCGCAUACUCCUUGACAUUGCCAACAAGCAAGGACACCAUGUGUCACGUGGUGCAGUCAAACGUGGCAAUGUGGUCUUCCAUGAGCAGCGCCAUUUUCCACGCUCAGUCCAAGAAAGUGCUUCUACGAUGCUUACAAGACGAAUAUGGAAGGCUCUUUGUCGGGCACGAGAAGUUGCUAAAGCUGCCCCUGGUUUUCGUCGCGACAAAGCCUGGGAAGCAACUAGCAAGCUCCUCAAGCAUUUACUGCGACCUGAUGCGGAUGAACUACGUCCUCUUCUUGGCCAACCUGCAAGCCUUGAGGCGGCGAACACCGUUGUGGAUGUCCUUAACAAGCUCCUGGAGAAAGAACAUCGCCGAGACCGGUUUGCUCGCCUCAAUGCGUGGAAGCGGAGAAUGCGCAACAAUGACAAGGAGUGCUAUGGAUGGCUAUGUAGCAAAGCUCGUCAAGAACCUGUUCGUGUCACAGUUGCUGCGUCUGGUAUCUACAUGCGUCAUCAACAUGGUGAACCCAAGUUGGUCAAUUUCAUGCGGAAGUGUGGGGCGACCCUCAAGCGAACAGUCGUCGACCUUCCGCCUCUACAUAAAGAUGACAUGAUGACGACUAUUUUGGAGGCCAAGCCCACUUCGGCGGGAGUGGAUGGCAUUAUGCCAGUUGAGCUACGUAACUUGGCGCAAUGGUGCCCUUCGCAUAUAGGCGCCCUCACGGCGCUCCUGCGGAAAGUUGAGGACAGUGGCAAGUGGCCGGGUGUGGCUACACGCGGGGCAGUAGCUUUCGUGGCAAAAGAUCCAGCGCGGGUCAAUCCUCAAGCUGGUGAUUUCCGACCUAUCACUAUUCUGGCUUCUGUGUAUAGGGCCUCAUGCCGUCAAAAGCAGCUAGCGCUAAGUUGGGUCCCGGAAUGGCAAGAUCCUGGCACAUAUGGACUUCCUGGAGGCCGCGCUGCAGAUGUUUUGGCUUAUGAAACUUGCGCUCAGGUUAUACAAGCAGCCAACGAUGGACAGGUGGCAGCAGGGCUGGGCUACGACCUGCGCAAGUGCUUCGACAUGGUCCCCAUCAGUUUGGCCUUGGACAUAUUCCGGCAGAGAGGAGCAGACAGUGGGGUUCUAAGAGCGCUGACGGGUUUUCAGGAUGCUCACCACAAGUAUUUCAAGAUUGACGGUUUUUAUGCCAAAAAAUUCAAGGUAACCGGCACGCAGAUCAACUGUGACAAGAGUUUCGUUUUUGGUCCCAAAAGUGUGCAGGGGGCUUUUCCCGAUUUGCCCAAUUACAAGCACACAUUUCGCCUGGUGGGAGGAAGCGUGAAGCUAUCUGCAGGGCAAAGCUGGACUCCGCUUGAAUGGGAACGUGGCGACCGAUGGGUCCAAAGACUCCCUGUAGGUUGGUUCGCCAAGGUCAAGAUUCUUCGCAGCACUGUUCCUAAGCUGACCUUUGGACAAGGCACGCGCGCACUUCCUGUAGCCACAGGGACUAUCUGCGUCACCUUCGUGCAGAGAUGGAAGGCAACCUUGGCCUAUUUGCAGGAUUUGACAGCAGAGGCGGACACACUACAGAUUCAGCAGGACAGUGGACAAAACGAGCUUGUGCUGCUUGUACCUCCCUCCGAGGAUCCCAGAGCCAAGUUGAAGGUGCUUCGCUUGUUAUUAACUGCGGGUCUGAUGACGCCUGAGAGGGACCAUCGGCGCCGGAAGAGGAAGGGCAUUAUUCGCUGUGCCUGUGAAGGGAACCUGGUGCUCUGCGAUCUGUUUCUCGGCUACAGCAAGCGGGAGCAAGAUUUGCAUGAGAGUUUGAGCAAUGGCCACAAGCUAGUCUGGGAAAGGCUGGUAGGGAAGCAAGCGGGUCGUGCGGACUACGGCAAGCUGUGGUGCUCAGUUUGUGGGAAGGAGUGGCCAUGGAAAGGCAUCGAAGUGUCAGCAAAGUACGCUGUAGACCGUUGCUUAAUGCUCCGGAUUCACCAGAGUGGGUCCGUGGUUGGCAGGGCUGUGGCGGCAUGCUACAGCGCUACUACAAGCCACUACUACUUCUGGGACCCCGCUGGGUUUACGGCCGACGGCAGCGUGGAGAACUUCAAGCACCGCCGCCAGACGGAGAUUAAGCACGGCCGCGUCUCAAUGCUGGAUCAUGCUUACCCACCACGCACCGCGAGAAAGAUGCAGCAGCAGCGCGUCUCAAUGCUGGCAACUCUGGCUGGUGUUUUCUGCGACCGCUGGAAGUCAUGUGGCGUGAGCCUGGCGACGCUGAAGUACCUGCCUCCGUCCUUGGUCUACGUGUGCUCAACUCCUUUUUCCGUCACGAUAUCCCUCAUACUGCCACCUGGCGGCGUCGCCGUUGGGGGUCUCUUGGUGUUCUUGACUUUGUCAAUGUCUCGGCAGAGUGAUUCUCGUUUUGUCACCGAUGUUGUUUCCCUGCCUACACUUGAGACUGCCAGCGACCAUACUUUCGUACUGCUGUCUCUCAGGGCGUGUCCUGUGAGCUCUUGCGCUCCUCGCCCUGCUGCCCCCGUGGCUGGCGCUGCCCGCCCUAGACCGCUCUUUUCGGGCCUCCGUCUCCCAUUCUUUGGAACUCGACCCUAUAACAGUGGCUUUGACGGUUUGUCUGCCCACCUCCGCCGCGCUGGUGAGGAAGUUCUUGGUUUUGCUUCUAACGGCCAGCCAUCUUGGCGUGACGGUCACGAUGAGGAACUCCGUCGUCUCUCUGCGCAGCGUCAGCAGGCCUUUGAGGCUGCACGAGCUUCUCCUGGUGAUGCUGCCGCUGCGCAAGCUUUGCGAGAAGUUCGUCACGCUAAUCGGGUUGUCGUUCGGCGCGUGAAAGCGCAAUGGUGGUCUCAGCAAUCUCAAGCCAUGCAAGCCUCGGCCGAGAGAGGGGAUGCUCGGGCCUUUUACGGGGACGUUAAGCGGUUAGGCGCAUGUCCUGCACACUGGCCGCCUCAGGGCUACCGUCCCUAUGCGGACGGGGGUCAGACAGGGUGUGAUGAUAGAAUCAGCUCUGCAGAGUUGCUGCGUCUUGCCAACCUGCCUAGCCUGCGCACCAUGCUUUAUCGCCGUGUUGCUGGUUGGGUCGGGCAUGUCGCCCUGCGUGUCCCCGGCGCCAGCUUGACGUAUUGCAUGCUCUUUGGCUGCCUGCCUAACCGUGUUUGCCCGGCCAGCACCGAGCAGACCUAUCCAAAAGGCCAUUUUACCUCUACUGCACGUUUGGUCAUUCAACAUAUCCCUGACGUUGAUGAGCCGGUAUGGGCUCGGUCUGCUCAGAACCGCGCUUCUUGGGCCAGAUCUGUCGGCCGCGUCGCUGUCCCUCCGCCUUCUCGUCGCCAGGGCGCCGCUCGUGCAUUCCCUCGUGCUGCUCGCAUGGGGCUGACCACCGACGUGGGCAGCCCCAUCCUCGGGGAUGAUAUGGGUGAUAGUGAGGCUCUUGCGGCCGCGCGCAGUGUUUUGCAGUCUGUCACGUCCGCCCUCACCUUCAAUCGCUCCUUAUGCUUCAUUUAUGCUAUCUUGCUGCGGCCAUUCGUGCAGCAGGAGGCGAGCAGGCUCCUUCAGUAUGCCCAGCAUCCUUCAGUGAACUCUGUGUCGGACGGAGAGUCCCUUUCGCCUCUCGGCGCGCAAACGCAUAACAACAAGCUUAUGAUCGGUGGGAAACUCCACUCCGGGUUUUGCACUAACAUCCUGCACAAACCGAAAACAACUCUGUCUCGUCCGCCGCGGCUUGCAGUCCGCAGAUUGCAAGAUCCGGCCGCUGCCCUUGCUUUUGUGUCUUCUGCUGCAGAGGCUCUCCGUCGGGAGCCCUCACCCUCUUUUGCCACCUUGCCUUCAGUUUUACGGCUUUCUGCUGAGCGCACUAUCGGCGCUGCUUCCUCUUCUCGCUCGGAUUGGAGAGAGGGUCACGAGGAUGAGCUUGCUCAAGUUUCUCGGGCCCGCCAGCUUGCUUUCGAUGAGUGCUUUGCCCAUCCGGGCGACCCUGCACGGCGGCACGCGCUUCAAGUUGCUCGGCACGCCAGUCGUCACUGCACUCGGCGUCUUAAGGCUGCCUGGUGGCAAGGCCAGUUUGCCCGGUUGGAGGCUGCAGCGCGUCGUCGUGAUGCGCACCGCCUCUAUAACGUCAGUCCUGCCGUGUUGCAAGCACAGUUGUUGGAACCACUUGCGCUCCCUUUCUCUGAUGGCCUUUGGGAUCCUCCCUCUUUAGCUGACGUUGAAACCCGCGUUCGACAGCUCACUCCAGGGAAGGCCCCUGACGCCAGUGGUGUGCACGCGGAGCUACUGCGGGCCUUGUUAGCUGAGAAUGACGAUGCUCGCUAUGUUUUGCUUUGCUUGCACGAGCUCAUUGUCGACUUUUGUCGCAUCCACUUGAGGGACGUAGUUUUCGCUGAUGACACCUUGCUUCUUGACAACAACUGGGCCAAUUUUCAGUCUGUAGCCAGCCUGUUUGACGAGGUUUUGGAUGACUAUG